AUUACCUUCUUCUAAUGUACAUGGCAAAAAAGAAUAAUAAAUGCGAUUUAUUGAAAAUGGAUUAUUCUUGUAUUCUUCUGAAUUAAUCAUAUCAUUGACAGGACAAUUUAACGUAUCUUCUAAACUUAGCCUGUUAAGUUAAAUGUCAAAAUAUGAGACGUUUUCGAUUACUUCCUAUGUUUCAUUUCAAUAUGAGAUUAUUUUGUAGUAAUGUUGCAUUUCUUCCAGAAUCCGAUGCCAAAUUCCAAUUCAAACACGUUGAUUUGAUCAAAGAAUUCACAGGUUGUCCCAUCGAUCAAGUGAGGAAGGCAGUUUCUUCUAGAUUAAAGUUACAAUUACUUUCUGAGCAAGAGGUGUUGAGUAAAUUAGAGAUAUUGGAAAAUUUGGAUAUUUAUGAUUUAAGAAGCAUCGGCAUUGUGCCUCUUUUGUUAAAACACCCAAUAGCUCUGAAUAAUUAUCAUACUGCUCUUUGUGAAUAUAGUUUUGUUCCAUUUCUAAUUCAGUCAUAUCAAAUUAAAAGAUUUACUAGCUUGUGUAGAAAUUCCGUUAAAGAUUUAAAAGAAAAAGGUUUUAUUGAAAAUAAUGCGGAGGUCAUGAGGAAUCUUUGGAGACAUGCUGAACUGGAUAUUAGUAAUUGUCCAGAAGUCUCUGACUUCCAAAGUUUACAUGAUCUAAAGGCCAUUGCAAUUAGAGCUUUCUUUAAAGAAAAACUUGACGUUUCUGAUGAAGAUAUUGACAGACAACAGUCAGAAAUUAAUUUAAGGCUCUUGAAUAAAAGUUUUAAAACUAUUAAUUCUAAUUUAAAACUUUUUCGAGACGAUAUAAUGCUAUCCAAAGCACGGAUGUUUUUAAAUUGGUACAUUUUAUAUGCUAACUAUGAAAACUGUUUGCAAAUACUGUCAAAAUUUCCAUAUAUUGGUUCUACUGAGAUGAAGGUUUUUUUUCAUGUUUUUCCAAAAAUUUCUAUGAUGACUGUUGAUAAUAUGGAGAAGAUUUUGAAUUAUCUUGAAGAUGAUGGUAUUCAAAUUUCAGCCUUAGAAAGGUUCCCAAGUCUUUUAACUCUCAACAGUGAAACUGUGAAGGAGAGGCUUAAGGAAGUGAAAAGUAUUGAAACUUUAUCGGUGUAUCAGAAACAUCCACAAAUUGCCAAGCUUUUGCUCCAUCAAGUGAGAGCAAAACGUCGACUGAAUAUAUUACAAGAAUUAAAGAUUUUUUGCUCAUUAAAUUAUUUGAUCACUACUGAAAAACAAUUUGAAAGGAUUUGUGAAACUCAAACCAGAGUAUCUGGUUGUGAUUCUAUGCAUUAUUUGAAAGCUGAACUGAACUUAGAUAAAAGUGAAAUCGCAACUAAACUUAAAAGGCAUAAGAGGUGGCGAUUUGUGCCAGUUGUGGAAGUUGCCAAAAACCUUCGUUAUUUAAGAAAAAUAUUUAAUGAAAAAGAAAUCAUAGAUAAUAUUUAUAUUCUUUUUUAUUAUAAUGGAAGAGUAGUACAAGAAUUGGAAAAACUGGAGCACCACGAAAAUAUGGAAGCAUUUAAAUGUAAUGGACACAUAAAAAAAGAAUUUAUUUUACCAUUGACCAUCUACUUCUUGGAAAAAGAGUUUAAUUUCACUGGAGAAUCUAUAUGGGAAACUUCUAUAAUCAAUCCCUAUCAAGAUUUGCCUGACAGACCUGAAAUCAAAGUUAAAUCUUUGUAACAAUGUUUUAAAAGAGUCACCAUUGUCACAUUUUUUAUUGAACUGCAAUAUUCAUCUGUCAGUGUUGGGGAAAAAAAGAUCUAUUUCAUCAACUGUGGGAAUUAUAUCACGAAUAUUUAUGUAUUUGAUUGGAGAAUUAAAAAAAUGUCAAUCUCUAAUAAAUAUUUAUUUAUAUUUUUUCUAGUCAUGGCUGUGAUUCAAAGCCAAGUAUGUUUAUAUAAAUAUAAUAAAUCGUUAUCAUUAUUUUU